AUGGACACAACCUCGAACGAGGCUGCCAUACGGCUAGAACCAUUAGGUGGACGAGGCACCUUCACCAUCAAAACCACCAGCGUGGUCUUUCUCGCAAUCGCUCUAUACAACGCGGUUGAGCUUCUGAUCCUGAUCCUGGCGAACUUCCAUCAUCAUCAUGGCAUCUAUUUCUGGUCGAUGCUCUUAUCAACCGCCGUGGGGGUCAUACCCUUCUCGAUAGGUGCCAUCAUUGACCUCUACAACCUGAGCCCAUUAUGGGUGAUCCUCGUCAUGAUCGACCUGGGGUGGAUCUUCAUGGUCGGCGGGCAAAGCGUCGUCCUCUACUCCCGGCUACAUCUCGUGUCGCGGAAUGAUCGUGUUCUCCGCUACCUCCGCUAUAUUAUCAUCAUUGAUACCAUUCUCCUCGCCACGCCGAUGUCCAUCAUUUACUUCGCCACUGCCUAUUCGAAACCGACAGUAUGGGCUAGGGCCUUCUACAUCAUGGAGGUCAUCCAGGUCAUCUGGUUCUCCGUCCAGGAAUGCGUCAUCUCCACCUUCUGGAUCGUCGAAACCGCUAAGCUGAUUAGGCUCCGCCCGGGAUACGACCGCCAUCGCAACCGAACUAUGUACGAGAUCCUGGCGAUGAAUCUCGCUGUUAUUUCGAUGGAUAUUGCGCUCUUGGUGCUACAGUUUUCGGGUUAUUACUACGUCCAGGUGCCUGUGAAGGCAACCGUAUACAGUAUAAAGUUGAAAUUGGAAUUUGCAGUCUUGGGAAAGCUUGUAUAUCUCGCAACUCACCGGGUUGACUCCAUGGGGCUCGAAAUAUCUCCAGUCAUGGCUCCCGUUGAUGUGGCUCCGAGUACCUCUCCGUCCAGCGGAGCUUCUAAAUUACACCAGUCAAUGAAAGAUUCAUUUGGGCUCUGGAAGCCCACACAAACGCACAACGCGGCGAGCGAAGGGCUGAUGUGA